CCCCCUUUCCUCUUUCCUCGUGAUCGGUAGAGUGUAAAUAUCUGACAUGUGCUUGUCUCUAUAAAGCCUGUCUACACUCUCCCUUCCACAAAUCAACAUAACCUACUUCAACUAAAUGAUCCAUACAUUUCUCUACUGGAGCCACCAUGUACAGCUGUUCAGACCGAACGAUGAGCCACAGUAAUGAUCCUGAGUCGCUACACACCUGCGACCUGCGCUGCCUGGGCCCUCUGACCUUCCACACGACUGCGGUGGGGAACCAGGUGAGUCUGAGCCAGGGGGCCAGACUCGCCGAGAGGAAAAGGAGCUCCUUCCACCACGGCCUGGUGUUCAGCAACCGACCGGUGAGGGUGAGGGAGACUGUGUGUUUGCGGGUGACGGGCUGUGCGCCCAACUGGCACGGAGGCCUCCGCGUGGGCUUCACCACGGUGCCCCCCGCCGGGAGGAUCCUGCCCCCCCUGGCCAUCCCUGACCUGACAGUCAAGCCCGGGCACUGGGCUGCCGUCGUCCCCGAGGCCUGCUGCCGGGAGGGCGCCCAGCUGGAGGUCUGGGUGACCCACGGGGGGAAUGUUUACAUCCAGAACAAAAAUGGCCGAGCGAUAAAGCUGCUGGAGGGGCUGGACCUUAGCAGGCGUCUCUGGGCCAUGAUCGAUAUCUACGGGCAGACCUGCUCUGUGCUGCUGCAGGGGUCAAAGAAGAAAGACAUUUUUGGGACACGGAGGUCCUGCUCUCCUCCCCAAGGAUGGACUCAGAGGGCCCCCUCGCUCUGCUUUGACUACAACCAGGUUUCCAGUCCCAUCUCUGUCAGUCGCAGUGACAAACACGGAUGCAGCUGCAAGAACCACCACAUGUCCCGCCCAGACCACAGGCAGACACUAGACUUGAACAGUGUGGAGAACUGUGCGGUGUGUUUGAGUAAGGAGCCAGAAGUCACUCUUCUGUGUGGUCACCGGUGCCUGUGCUUCCAAUGUGCAGCGAGGGUCAUCCAGGAGUUUGGCACCUGUCCUUUGUGCCGGCAGAAGCUCUAGCCACCGCUACAAAAUAACUCUUUAGCUGUAGGCCAGCGUACACACAAACACCCACUACUGAAUGUUCUCACGUGUGUCAUGGUGGACCACUGUGAAUGUAUGUAUGUAUAAUGUUUUGCACAAAUCUAUGUCUGACUAAAAGUACAGAGUACAAUACUGUGUGAUAUGCGGGUUACCACGCGGACUUUACAAGGACUUGUUGAUACAGAAUCAGGUUGUAUCAGGCUGAAGGAUGAUCUACUGACUGGGGUUAAAUAUCCAUGAUCCCAUAUUACACUAUGAAUUUUCUAUUGUCUACUUUUGUACCUCUUAAAUAUUAGAUAUUUGUAUACAGUGGUAUUUUAUAGUAAUAAAAUUACUUACCAACAA